AUCCUGCUGAGUGCCAUGCCACGGCAUGUGCAGGGAACCAGGGGCUCUGCUGGAGGGUGGGAAAGCUCUGUGGAGGGAUGGGAACAGCUGGGGGUCCUGGUGGGGUGUUGAGGAGUUCUGUGAGCAUGUUUUGGGGGGUGUUGGUAUUGGUGGGUGUGUUGGGGAAGGAGUUGCCUGGAAGUGAGAGGUCUAGGCUGGAAUUUGAGUCAGUUUAACAGCAUCAUCCGUGGUUUAGCACAGCCUUGCUUAUAGAGGACAUAAGGAAUAUGUGUGACUUUUCCUGUUAGUGGUCCUGGUUCUCAUGCAAAAAAGAAGAGGGGAGAGCUGAAAUUUAUUGGCCACCUAGAUAUCUGUACCAGGGGGAGGAUUAGCCUUUUUGCAAUCAACUCAAUUGUUUGGACUACUUUUGUAAUACUGAGUGGACUUUGUUUCCUUGAGAGCUUUAAUCCUUCAGAGAAUUAGGAUAUUAUCAUCCCUCCAUAGAAAAGCAAAGGUUUGCAAACCAAAGAAUGGCCUUUUUUUAGCCUCUGUGCAGUGUUAUAUUUUGUAAUGUGACUCUCAAAGGAUGAUGUUAAGGCAAAGGACUUGCUGCUUUGAGAUGGGAAGCAAACUUGCACAUCUUUCACAUUCUCCGGCCACUCCAAUUAAUUGGUGAAGUCUGCCAGAUCCUUCUGUGCCUUCCCAACAAAGAUGUUUUUUGAGGUGCAUGAAAUGACUUCAAUGGGAAAAUAAUUCCAAUUAAUGUAAUUAAUCUGACCAAGACUAAGAGUUGCCAGCAGUUGUUCCAAAUGUUCCUGCCAAGACCCCUGCAGGAAGGAGCCCAGCCCCCAAUGCACGUGGGCUUUGGCUUUGGCCCUCUGGCACAGAAACCCCCCAGGGGCACAGGUCUCUGGGGCAGGAGAAGGGCACCAGCACUGCCAGGGCUCGGCUGGGGUGGCAGGUCUGCCUCGGUGGGGACUCUGCCACACCUGCUGAUUUCAGUGCUGCCAGGCCCCUGUACAGAUUCUGUGCAAGGCCCCGUGCCCUUCCUGCUGCGCCUGCGUCGGCAGCCCUGGGGGCUCCUUCUGCUGCCCUGAGCCUGCAGAGCAGGGCAGCGUUUGCUGAUGGUUUGAGGUGUUCCUAAAGAUCCUGUCAGGCUGUCUUAGACACUUUGGGCAAGGGAUUCCUUCCAACCUGGGCCACUUUGGGGGGAUGGGGGCGGAACCGGGGCAGGUGGCAGUGUGUGCAAGGGCCCUUUGUGACACAGUGCAGAAAGGUAACCGUGGAAUGGAAAGGGACAGGAUGUCCAAGGGCCCUUUGUGACACAUGGUGACAUAGGGGCUGUCCCAGUGAGGUGACAGGGCCAUGCCCCAGUGCUCAGUGCAUGCGACGGGACAGGACGCGCCGGAGCGGUGCUGUGAGGAGCCCCUGCGGAGUGCACUCGUUCCUUGCUGACCCGGAGUUUUUUCUUUACCUUAUUGGUGCAGGUUACCUCGAGGCCAGACCACAGGGCUUGGUGACCUGUGGCCUCCUCAGGAGUUUUUUUCUGCAGGUGUCCUCGAGGGCAGGCCUGGGACUUGGUGACUCGGAGUUUUUCUGAGGCAUCUCUUUCCUGUGGCCGGUGCCCUUGAGGCCAGACUGUCAGACUUGUCAACUGAGAGCUCUUCCAAGGCCUCUCUCUUGCAGGUGCCCUCAACGCCAGAUUUUGGGAUGGCAGAGAAACGUCAAGGGAACUCCAACCUGUUCAGGGCGAAGAAGAACAAAGCUUCUUCACCUGCCCCAGCAAAGAAGCCUAAUGCAGCGCCACAGUUCCAGCCACCACAAGAUGGAAAGAAGCGGAAGCAAGAGCAGGACUCCGACAACGGAUGCUUCCGCAGAACACUGAAGUUCAUGGGUGGUUGUUGUAGAAAGAACAAAGACACCAAGGACGCAGACAAACGUGAUUCCAGGCUAAGAGAUGCUGGCAUACCAUCAGUUGAAUGUGCAGAAAUGACUAAUUACAUAGUGAAGGCUGACCAGGUGCCAGCCAUGGUGAGGAUCAUGCAUGAGAGACUUGCGUCCCCUGUGACUGCCGAUGUCAGGCUAUUAAUGAACAUUCUGAGGAUAGCUGAUGAACACCCUGCUGGUACAGUGCUGACCCUCCUGCGCUGUGCUCCAACAUGUGACAGAGCUGCCACAAUGAUGUGGAGAACUAUAGCUUCGUCAAGUCCCACAGUAGAGAAGGUCCUGCCAACACUGCUCUGUGUGAUGGAGGAUUGGCCUCUGCACAGCAUGUUCACCUCUGAUGGAGACGACACGGGUGUCUUUGCCCUGGCUGCAACUCUGGUGGUCUGGGUGAUUAUCCAGGUGCCCAAGUGCCACGAGGCAAUGCACAUUUAUGCCUCCCACCUGCUUGUGGCUCUGAUAGUUCAGAUUUUUGACAGCACAGUGCAUAGUAAUGAGGAGGUUGACAACUUUUGGACACAAUGCCAGGAAGAACAUGACCUUCACACAAACCCCAGCAGGUUUGCAGUGCAGACCAUGAAGGCCCUGUUCUGCCGACUGCGGUGUGAAAAUGUGGUCAUGGAAAUGGGACGCAAGUGUGGCUGGGAUACGCUGGUCUGUGCUGACACCCAGCACUAUGCUGUGGGUCUGCUGGCCAGGGAGAUGCACCGUGACUUGAUCCCCUUGUGUUCCCGCAUGGCAUGCCAUCUGCUUGGGCUGCUCAACAUCUGGGCAUCGCUGCGAUCUGCCUCCCUGGCAUUCCUUGUGGAGGUCCUGGAUUGCCUGGAUUUGAGUGAAUGUAGUGACAGUGUUCUGGAGAUAAUGUCAAGGUACCUGCGGAAUGAGUGCAGGGAGAGGUGUCGCCUGGCGCUCAAAGGCCUCGUGGUGCUCAUCAGGGAUCCCUCCACGGCAAGAAGAAUAGGAAUCCUGUCUCAACGGCUUGUGUAUGUGCUGGGUGAUGCAGAUGGAGAGGUGGUCAGGAUGUCCCUCUGUGUCUUCACAAAUGUUCUCCAGCACAAGGAUAUCCUGAUAUCCAGCACCACCGCCCCAAAUCUGGCUGAAGCACUCCUGCUUCUUUUUGACCAUGACAACAGCCAUGUGCAGUUGCUUUCUAUUCAGCUUUUUCAAAAGAUGAUGGACUUGGUAGUAGAUGAGGGAAAAAAGCCCCUGAGGAGAACUGCGAGCCAGAGCCUGCUCCCACUCUUCUUGCACUGCCAUGAGGAGAACCAGCACGUGGCAAAGGCCUCUCAGGAAACAUUGCUUUGUGCAACUGGGUUCCUUAAGAAGAGGAGUCUGAAGAAGUUGGUUAAGAGUGAGAAGCUGUCAAAGUUUGGCAAAUGCCUGGUAAGGACAGCCUGGAGAAGCUCCCUGCCCCCAGGGCUCAGUGUGUGGGGCUGGCAGCUGUGGCCCAGUGCUGCACCCAUGGGAGCCAGCCUGUGCCCCACACACCGCUCCCUUCCCUGGGCUGCACGGCUUCUUCUCCAGGCUCCUGUGUCCCCGAGCCGGGUGCCGAUGGAGCCCCAGCCCUGUGGGGCUGCGGGCCUGGGGGGCAGCGCGGCUCCCCGGGCAGCAAGCGAGUGCAGGCAGAGGCGUCGCCUGGCGCUCAGAGGCCUCGUGGUGCUCAGCCAGGAACCCUCGAUGGCCACACCUAUACGCCGCCUGUGUCAAAGCUUCCUGCAGCUGCUGAGUGACGCAGACGGAGAAGUGGUCGGCAUGUCUCUGUCUGUGCUCACGAAUGUGCUGAAGAGAAAAAGUCUUCAUUUAUCAAGGACUGCUGCCCCCAAGCUUGCUGAGCCACUUGUGCUCCUCUUUGACCAUGACAAAAGCCACGUGCAGGUGCUCUCCAUUCACCUCUUCCGCAAUACGAUGAACCUGGUACUGGAAGAGGGAAAAAAUGCAAUGGAGGGAAUUGUGAAGCAGAGCCUGCUCCCGCUCAUUUUGCACUGCCACGACGACAACCAGCGCGUGGCUGAUGCCUCCCGGGAAACGCUGCACUGUGCUGCCACCUUCUUAAAGAACACAGAGCUCCUGUGUGUGCUGCCAACAGAGGAUCUGUCGAAGAUCACCGAAUGUGUGCUGGAACAGGACGAGAGCCGAGCGGCCGAGCACCUGAGCCGGGCUCUGCCAUACCUGGACAGCCCACAGGAGUCCCUGCGAGAGGCGGCCGUCAGCUUCAUCGGGAUGGCCGGGCGGUACCUGAAGGGGCAGCCAGGAGAGCUUCACGUUCUCAGUGAGGCCCUUGAAGCCAUGAGCAAAGAUGACAGCCCAUCCUCCACUAACCUGGAAAUUCAAGCCAUUUUUGGACAAAGAUCUGCAGAGCUAAAGUCAUCUACUGGAAUCAGAGAACUGUCUGAAGAACAGUACCCAGAGGCAGUGAAGAGAACACCACGACUCAGUGUCACUGGACCUCCAGGCACGGCUGAUGCUGAGCACAGCUGAGCCUGUGGGAAGCUCCCAUAGCUCCUGCCUCCUCCCUCCCUUUUGACAGCUCCCUCCCUCCAGCCCUCAGAUCCUACCCAUCCCCUUUUUUUUUUCCCCAUCUCAUCCCUUCACUUUCCCUUCCAUUAAUAAACCUUUUGGUUUCUCCCCCUACCUGCA